UGCAUCCCUGGCCCUCUCGCAAAAGAAGCGGGCUCGGUUCUUCUGAUGAGUGUACCGGUUCCCACGCCCCCCCUUCAAACUCCUGCGCAACGCCCAGAGGGGAAGAGAAUCUGAGUUCAAUCAAUUUGGUUUUCGUCCUUCUCCAACCUCCGCGGCACGACUCGUAAUAUCUCUGAUGAAGUAACGGCUCUUUCCCCUAACCCAAUUCGCCAAAUGUUCCCACAUUCAUUCAGUUCCACUUCCACACGUUUUCCUUGUUGUUUUCUGGGUUUUCUUUCUGCUUCUGAUUCCGUGGAUUGUUCAGAUUAUAUUUGAUUUCAUCUGGGUUUUCUUUCUUUCCCGUUUUAAUAUUCUCAUUCUUUUGAGGAUUUUUUUUUUCGAAGUUCUUUUCUUCAUUGACAAUGCGGGGAGAGAGAGAAAAAAAGCACGACUCAUGAAGAGAUCUGAUGUAAGAUAUCUGGAUUUCUAAUACCACUCUGAACCUAUUUUCUACUUUCGAGUCAGUAUUUUCUGGCAUUGGAGUCUAUGAUUCUUGCACCCUCUUGGGUACUGUUCUGUGGAUUGCAUACCGUGGUUAAUCUGUUUUGCGCGAGGAAUUUCUGCUAAUGCCCUGGCCAAUGAAUGGUCUCUGGCCCUGCCCAUGUCCCGUUUAUGCGCAUUCAUGGACUAAUCUGAAUUUGAUUCUCUCUUCUUCACCUUUUCUCUGUGUUUUUUCCUGUUCCGUGUCCCCAGUACUGUCUAUUAUCUGCUUCAGAUAAAGAUAUGAUAUUUCUUGUGGUGUAUUGUUGACCUUGGAGUUCGAAUUAGAAUGGUCGAGAGGAAUUCCCAAUCCCAUGGGGUUAUCUCCCAGAAAUCUUUAUUUUGCCUAUUUUCAGUUACAUCCAUUGUUUUCAUAUUAUCUUGGUUCUUUGUGUUGCGUUCCACGGACCGUCCUAGCUUCAUUGACCAUACUUUAUUACCCAGUUCUAACCUCUUUACACCGACCGAUAAUGGAAAUGCUGAACCCCAGAACAGCGAUGACUCCUCAGUUUCAUUUCCUUCCACGCUUGUGGCCGAAGAAGAAGAAGUGCCCAGGGAAAAAGAUUCUGUGAAUUGCAAUCCAGAAAAAGCAGUCCUUAAGGUCUUCAUGUACGAUUUACCCCCUGUGUUUCAUUUUGAGCUCUUAGAUUGGAAAGCCAAAGGGAGAAAUGUUUGGCCUGAUCUUCGAACCAGAAUUCCUGAAUAUCCUGGUGGGUUAAACUUGCAACAUAGUAUAGAAUAUUGGCUUACACUAGAUCUUCUUGCUUCGGAAUUUGCUGACCAUGUAGGUACACGCAGUGCUGUAAGAGUAAAGAACUCGAGUGAAGCGGAUGUUAUAUUUGUCCCCUUCUUUUCCUCACUGAGCUAUAAUCGAUAUUCCAAGGUACACCCACACCAAAAGAAGGGCAGGGACAAGUUACUGCAAGAGAAGCUCGUCAGUUUCUUGACAGCUCAAGAUGAGUGGAAGAGGUCAGGGGGACGUGACCAUUUAAUUGUGGCUCAUCAUCCAAACAGCUUGUUAGAUGCUAGGGUGAAGCUGUGGCCUGCAAUGUUCAUACUUGCAGAUUUUGGGAGAUAUCCCACGAACAUAGCAAAUGUUGAGAAAGAUGUGAUUGCGCCUUACAAACAUGUGAUCAAAACCUUUGCCAACGAUUUAUCUAGCUUUGAUAGCCGUCCGACUUUGCUAUACUUCCAAGGAGCCAUAUAUAGAAAAGAUGGUGGCUUUGUUCGGCAAGAAUUAUUCUAUCUUCUGAAGGAUGAGAAAGACGUGCAUUUUCAAUUUGGAAGUGUUCAGGGGGAUGGGAUCAGGAAAGCCUCUGAGGGAAUGCACUCCUCCAAAUUCUGUCUCAACAUAGCUGGUGACACUCCUUCAUCAAACCGCCUCUUUGAUGCCAUUGCCAGCCACUGCGUCCCUGUCAUCAUCAGUGAUGAGAUUGAGCUCCCAUAUGAGGAUGUCCUUGAUUACUCUGAAUUUUGCUUAUUUAUUCGGACAUCGGAUGCUGUCAAAGAAAAAUUCAUUGUAAACCUCAUUAGGAGUAUUGGGAGGGAUGAGUGGACUCGAAUGUGGGAAAGGUUGAAAGAGGUUGAAAUUUUCUUUGAGUAUCGGUAUCCAUCAAAGGAGGGUGAUGCUGUCCAAAUGAUAUGGCAGGCUGUGGCCCGUAAAAUAGCCGCUGUUAGACAGAAGUUACAUAAGUCUGGGCGAUUUGCUCGUUCCCUUGUUGGCAGAGAAAGAAGCCUAAGAGCGAUACCGACUCAAAAGAAUUUUUGGUGAUGAGAAAAGUAAUAAUUCUCCAAGGUUUCACAGUUUUUAUAGCUUUUGAUGCGAGGGACCACAAGUUCUGCUGAUCAAGAAAUGUGAGGACUCAAAUCCUCACAGCAGAUUUUGAUUGUAAAAUUGUGAUGAUUUUGUUUGUAAACAUGGAAAAAAUGAAAGGAAAAGAACGAAUUGAGGCACUCAGCUGUCUAGGUAAAGCUCCUCUCUAGCAUAUAUAAAUUGAGGAUCUUUGCAUUAAGGGCUGGCAUAAAAUCAUGGAACAAAACAAAAGAUUGUUUCAUUAAUAUAGUAAUAAUUUUGUUUUUUGUUUAA